ACCCCAGAACAUUGUGUUGUUAACAGAUUUAAGAAGGCACGCUAAACAGAGAAUCUUCCCAUAUUUCCGAGGCGGCUAUGGAUAGACAGCUGUGGAACGUCUGUUGAAGUCCUUUUCCCACUAAAAGACAACUGAACCUAUCCCUAUUUUAACUGUAAUUAUUACAGUAUCUCCCGAGCUGAAAUGAGAACCUUCAAGUGUUUUUUCCUCGGGCUUAUCUUCGUCGUGGACACAUCCUUUUCGUAUUCAGACGAAUGCGAGCAGGAGACAGCGCGGCUGCAAGCUCAGCUGAAGACCCUGGAGGCGCGGGUGAUGAAGCAGCAGCAGCUCAUCCAGAACCUGCGCAACCAGAGGACCGAACAGCUGGUUUCAGACCUGGGCUCCUUUCAUGACCUGGGUGAUCAUCACAACAGAGACUGUGCCCAGAUCUUCAACGCUGGGAACAAAGCCAGCGGGUUCUACACGAUCAGACCAGUGGCAAGUCCGGGCCUGGUCAGGGUCUACUGUGACAUGUCUGAGGGAGGAGGAUGGACCGUAAUCCAGAGACGCUCAGAUGGAAGCCAGUCGUUCAAUAGGCCCUGGAUUGAUUAUAAGAAGGGAUUUGGUGACCUACAGUCGGUCAGUGGGGAGUUUUGGUUGGGUAAUGACAACUUACAUUACCUAACAUCUCAAGGUGACUACAACCUCAGGAUCAAUCUGGCAGACUUUGAGGGAGCACAACGCUAUGCAGCAUACACUAACUUCAAAGUUGCAGAUGAAAAGGAGCAUUACAAGCUGCAGUUUGGUGAGUUCUCCGGGGAUUCAGGCGACUCCCUGUCAGGAAGUUACCACCCAGAGGUCCAGUGGUGGGCCAGUCACCAGGGCAUGAAUUUCAGCACCUACGACAGAGAUAACGACCGCUACUCACGCAACUGUGCACAGGAAGACAAGGGAGGCUGGUGGUUCAACAGAUGUCACUCUGCCAACCUGAAUGGUUACUACUACAGUGGUGCCUACAGCGCUGUGACAGACAGUGGAGUGGUCUGGUACACCUGGCACGGCUGGUGGUACUCCCUCAAGUUUGUAGUCAUGAAAAUAAGGCCGUCGGAUUUUGAGGCUGCCACGGUCUGAUCCUAUGUUUACAAUCCAAUGAAUGUUGGUAGGCUAACAGUUUAGUUAGUAUGCAAUAAGUAGAAGUGUUCAUGUCAGCUCACAAAUGUGUGCUCUUAUCAUUCUCAAUAUUUGUUUUGACUGCCAUGUGAUUAAAGGAUUCAUUCAAAUAA